AUGUCAACAAAUGUUACGCCACUCAAGCGAUCCGCAGUAGAGGCCGGCUUGGACAACGAGGAUUCUGUUAUUGACGCUGGCACCAAGGGUUCAGUGCCAAAGGUGUCAAAGGCUCGAGCUUGCGCCGAGUGUAAACGACACAAAAUCAGAUGCGAGGUGAAAUCCGGCGAAACAAGUUGUACAAAAUGUCUCCGCAGCGGAAUCAAAUGCGUAGUCAACGACUUUUCGCAGAAAUUCGUGGAUGACGAUUUAGCAUGGAAAUCGCACGCAAAUUCCACCAUACAACAGCUGCAAGCUGCUGUUUCGCAUCUUCUUCGUCACAGUAACCAGCCCGAACUCUCAAGCUUUUCUCCUUCAGAAAGCAAUGCAGACCGAACACCGGAAGCGACAGCCACUCCGAGCGCUCGUUUACCGUCCCACGACACAAAGCGACUGAGCGUACCAGCUAUCAGCUCAGCCGCCGCUGUCGACGGACAAGCGAUGGCCUGGGAGACUCUACAAGAUGGGGGUUACGAGGAUCAAGAUCUUGUUUCAGCUCCGAUGCGCAGUCUGUACGAAGUGACUAAGUUGCGGAAUUUCGGAAACCACAUGGUCGAGAAACCCAAGUCGACGUUACUCGAAGAGGAUUUCAUAUCGCGCGGUUAUGUCUCGCUCCAUGAAGCACAAGAAUUGUUCGCGUACUUUAGCCGGACAAUGAAUCAACUACUAUGGGGAGGUAUUGCUGUUACUCAUCGAGACUUGACGUCGGUACGACGAGCAUCAACGCUGCUUCUGGCUGCCGUCUUGACGGUGGCAGCGCUACAUAUACCCAAUCGAACAGAAACCCUCAAUACCUGCUACAAUGAGUAUGUGUCGUUGGUAUCUAGCAUGGCUUUGACACGGUCACAUACGCUAGACGAUAUCCGCGGACUUUGCGCAGGCGCAUUCUGGCUGUCGGAUCUUAGCUGGAAACUAUCUGGACAUGCGGUUCGUAUCGCGACAGAGAUGGGCCUACACCAGAGCUUCCACAAAAUGACUCGUGGGUAUGCGGAUCAGUAUCACUACGAAAGGGCCCAGCUUUGGUAUCUGCUAUACGUAUGCGACCAUCACUUCAGCAUCGCAUAUGGACGACCUCCGGUGAUUCACGAAGAUAGUGCAAUCAAAAACUGCGAGGUGUUUUUACAAUCUCGAUUUGUUGUCCCGGGUGAUAUUCGGAUGAUGGCACAGGUCGCGCUCUUUCACAUUCUGACCGAAGCAUACCACACAUUUGGCUCGGAUUCUGAACAGCCGCUUAGAGAAGAAGAUUUUGGACAGUUACGGGUUUAUAAUGUAGCGGUUGACCAAUGGCGGCUUCUUUGGCAGCCUCGAUCCGCCGACAGCCCGUACGUCCGUACUUAUCCAUCCAAAGGAGUGGUACUGCACUACCAUUUUGCCAAAUUUCAACUGAAUUCGCUCGCUCUCCGAGCAUUAUCGCCAACGAACACGCCCGUCUUCUCCAUGGACCGCAAGGAAUGUGCAAAUGCUGCGAUAUCAGCAGCCAUGUCGUGUCUCAACAUGGUAUUAGAAGAACAAGACGUGCGCGACGCCAUCGUUGGUGUUCCCAUCUUCACUCACACGAUGGUCACAUUCUCGGCCGUAUUCUUGCUCAAAGUCGCAGUCAACUGGAACUCAGCCUAUCUCAAUAUCGACGGGCGACAAGUUCGACAUACAGUCGAAAGAGUAAUUGAGUUGAUGAACUGUGUGAGCGCGGGCGAUCGACAUCUAACUCGCCAUAUUGCGCGUGGUCUUAGCAAAAUGCUUGAUCGAUUUAAUGCGUGGGAAGGGUGGUAUAAUAACCAACACAACGGCAGCAACAGCAAAUCUUCUACUUCAGUGGCCGUCGGUGAUAGUGCCGUUGGUCCUACGAACAGCUACGAUAACCCCGCGGCUUCCACUACCUCGACUACAAUCAAUCCAAAUAACAACGGCCUACACACAUCUUCAGCAGUAGUUAAUACGGGCGGUAAUAACACCAGCACCGGAACAAGAAGACGCUCCAUACCCGGUGGCGCAAAUGCCAUGGCCCAGGGACUUCCGCCUCCAGACCUUAUUUAUACAAUGGUCGGCACUUAUGGGUUCGGCCUAGAUGAGCAGUUGAUGGAUCCUACUAUACCGGGAUUUGAGUAUAUGUCGCAAUGA